AAUCGUAAGUUUGUAUUUUAUUUUACUCUAUCUUUGGCUUGCUUGAGCGAUAAAAAAAUGCAGCUGUUUUAAAACCUUAUACGAGCGUUUGGCAGUCUGUCGAUCUCGACCAUGUCACUGUUAAAAUGCUUCAGACACAAGUCUUCUUCGUCCGAGCAGGAAGACAUCAGAGUAGUCGAUCUGACUAGUUCAGAUCUGAGUGAAGUUCCUAUGUCGAUAGUGCUUCACGAACGAACCUUGGAAACUCUGACAUUAUCUUCGAACCACAUCCAAGACUUGCCACUGCCACUGUUCCAUUGCCAAAAUCUCACCACACUAAUCCUCUCCGAUAACGAACUGAGUUACCUGCCAUCGGCCAUCAGCUUAUUAGUGAAUAUACGCGAACUAGAUGUUAGCAAGAAUUACAUUCGAGAGGUUGAUAACGCUAUCAAAGGAUGCAAGAAGUUGGCCUCUUUAAACUUGAGCUCGAAUCCACUGGGACGAUUAACCGAUGGAAUAACGCAACUCAUAUCUCUGGAAGAACUCUACGUAAAUAGCAUAAAAGCCGAUUUUUUACCAGCCAAUAUUGGCAGAUUGGCGAAACUCAAGGUACUCGAAGUACGCGACAAUAAUCUCAACUCUUUGCCCAAAACCAUCAGCAGACUGACCUCCUUGAUACGAUUAGAUAUCGGCGAAAAUAGCUUUCAAUUGAUUCCAGAGGAAUUGAAAAACGCUACUCGACUUCAAGAGCUUUGGUGUGAUUUGAACGAAAUCGAGAUCAUACCUUCGUUCGUCAGCAACUUCACCGAUCUGGUGUACUUCGACGUAUCGGAGAAUUUAGCCAGCGCUGUACCCUCGGCUAUCUGCCAUUGCUCCAAGUUGAAUUUCUUGAAUUUCAACUACUGUAAUUUGCAAGUGUUACCGGUUAGUUUUAAAAACCUGAGUUAUCUGGUAACUCUGAAGGUGGAAUACAAUAACUUGGAGUAUUUGCACGAUUCUAUCGGCGGAUUAGUCAACCUAGAGGAGUUAUUUUUAAACAACAAUAAACUCAGACAUCUGCCAGUGACCAUCGGUCUGCUACGUAAACUGAUCAUAUUUCAUUUAGAUGAAAACAUGCUGUGCGAAUUACCGCCGGAAAUCGGUAGCUGCGUUAGUUUAAAAGUGCUGACUUUGCGAUCCAAUGAGAUCUCGUAUAUACCCGAUGAAAUAGGCCACCUGAGCAAACUAUCGGUUUUCUCGUUAACCGACAACUGCCUGCAAUAUUUACCUUUAUCCAUACUCAAGCUGAAGAAUCUAUCUGCUCUGUGGCUAUCUCACAAUCAAGGCAAACCUCUCAUACCACUUCAGCACACUUACGAUCACCAUCAAGGCAAACGUAUCCUCACUUGCUACCUGUUACCUCAACAAAAAACACUCAGAGAGUGCACCCCUGAAGAAAGGAGCGUAGACGAUGGCUCUAAAUUGAUCAAUCGCAAUAGUCAUAUCAAAUUCGAAUCCGAUUUAACCUUCAGUUUACCGACUAAUAAAUUAACCAGGGUACCGACACCUCAUCCUAAAAAACUUCGAGAGCUGGCUAAAAUCACUAGGAGUAGUGAUAAUGAACAAAAAACGUUCGCUAAUCCUUUCUGCGUACCCAGUGAAGCUCCAGCUUUCGCUCAUUCGUCGUCGUCUCAUUAUAAUGGAGAUGCUCGAUACGAAUUUACGAAUCUAGAUUGCCAAUCUAGCUCGGAUAGUGGGUUUAGUUUUCAAAAAUUAAAAUUAGAAGACGAUAUAACGUAGCUUUAUUUAAUGACUGUUUUUUAAAUUUUAUCAAAAAUUUAUAAAGUUCCUCUCGAUACUUAACGUGUUUAAUUUUUAAUUCGAUCAAAAUUGCCAUUUUUAUUUUAAAUUAACGAGCUUAAUUUUUAUAACCAAAUAAUUUUUUUUUCAUCUUGUAUUUUGUUUUUUUUUGUUUUGUAUAAACUUUACAAUUAUUAUUGCAAAUUUUGUCAAUUUUUUUGAUUUUUUUCUUUCUCAAUGUGAGUCAAUUUUACAAAUGUUUUAAUGUAAGUGCCUUAGACAUUUUAUUUUAUUUUUUCUCUUUUAUCUAUUUUUUUUUUCAUUUGUGAAUUUUAAUUUUUUAUACACUAUUUGCAUUCUCGUGUGCGUGUAACCUUUUAAAUAAAUUUUUAUUUAUUAUUUA